ACCCUUUGCGCUGGGAAGGGUUGGUGGAGGAGUGUCUGAGACUGUCUAGGUUGUUGAAGAAGCAUGUCCGCUCCGCUGAGGUUUGACGGGAGGGUGGUGCUUGUGACUGGUGCCGGGGGAGGACUGGGCAGAGCAUAUGCGCUGGCUUUUGCUGAAAGAGGAGCUUCUGUGGUUGUGAAUGAUCUUGGAGGGGACUUCAAGGGACAUGGAAAGAGCUCCUCAGCUGCUGACAAGGUUGUAGAAGAAAUAAGAGCCAAAGGUGGAAAAGCAGUGGCGAACUAUGAUUCAGUGGAAGCUGGUGAGAAGCUUGUGCAAACAGCAUUGGAUGCUUUCGGGAGAAUAGAUAUUCUGAUCAAUAAUGCUGGGAUACUGAGGGAUCGUACAUUCCCUAGGAUCAGCAAUGAAGACUGGGAUACAAUUCACAAAGUGCAUUUGAAGGGGUCCUUCCUGGUAACCCGAGCUGCAUGGAACCAUAUGAAAAAUCAGAAUUUCGGAAGAAUAAUUAUGACUUCCUCAGCUGCUGGAAUAUAUGGCAACUUUGGUCAGGCAAACUACAGUGCUGCCAAGCUUGGUCUUUUGGGCCUUGCGAACACAAUUGCCAUUGAAGGCAGGAAGUACAACAUCCACUGUAACACCAUUGCUCCCACUGCAGGGUCCAGGCUGACACAGACUGUUAUGCCUCAGGAUAUGCUGGAUGCUUUCAAGCCAGAAUAUGUGGCUCCUCUGGUCCUUUGGCUUUGCCAUGAAAGUUGUCAAGAAAAUAGUGGACUGUUUGAGGUCGGAGCUGGAUGGAUUGGAAAAUUACGGUGGGAAUGUUCCCGGGGGGCCAUUGUUAGACAGAAGAACCAUCCAAUGACGCCAGAAGCUGUGCAAGAUAAAUGGGAAAAGAUCUGCAACUUUGAUAAUGCCAACCAUCCUCGGACUAUCCAAGAAUCAGUCAGCAUGCAGAAUGAUGUGUUAAGUCAAAUAGAAUCUCCAGAUGUCUCCCCAAAUCCCACAAGCUACAGUGCAUCAGCAUCCUCUCCAGGCAUUGACCCUGCAAAGUCGGUCGGCCAGAAGCUGCCUUCAGUUGUAUAUGAGUACACUCAUUUGCAGCCCAUCUUGUAUGCCCUUGGUGUGGGCAUGUCAUCAAAGGAUCCAGACCACCUGAAUUUCCUGUUUGAAGGAAGUGAAGGGUUUUGCUGUCUUCCUACCUUUGCGGUGAUACCAGCGCAGUCUUCCAUGAUGGAUGGCGGACUGUCUAGUAUUCCAGGGCUCAGUAUUGACUUUGCAAAGGUGUUACAUGGUGAGCAAUAUCUGGAGCUGUAUAAACCACUGCCAACAUCAGGCAGAUUAACUUCAGAACCCAUUAUUGCUGAUGUCCUUGAUAAAGGCUCGGGAGCACUUAUACUCUUAGAUGUCUACACAUACUCUGGAAAGGAUCUUCUGUGCUAUAAUCAGUUCUCUGUUUUCGUUGUUGGAGCUGGAGGUUUUGGUGGAAAACGGUCAUCUGAGAAAGCCAAGGCCACAGUAAACCCACCCACCAGACCACCAGAUGCUGUAGUUACUGAUGUCACUACAGUAGAUCAGGCUGCUUUAUAUCGGCUUAGUGGGGAUUGGAACUUUUUACAUAUUGAACCUAGUUUUGCUGCCCUUGCAGGAUUUCAGAAGCCCAUAUUGCAUGGACUUUGUUCUUUUGGAUUUGCUGCCAGGCAUGUUUUGAAACACUUCGCAAAUAACGAUGUGACCAAGUUCAAAGCAAUUAAGAUUCGUUUUGCGAAACCAGUUUUCCCAGGACAAACCUUGCAAACAGAGAUGUGGAAGGAAGGAAACAGGAUUCACCUUCAGACCAAGGUCAAAGAGACUGGGAACAUUGCGAUUGCAGGAGCAUAUGUGGAUCUGACAUCAUCCUCUGACCAGCCUUCAGCUAAGGAGCCCUCAGCUAAGGUUCCGGCAAAGUUGCAGAGUGACCUUGUGUUUGAAGAAAUUGGUCGUCGCAUCAAAGAGAUUGGAAAUCAGCUGGUGAAGAAAGUAAAUGCUGUAUUUCAAUGGAACAUCACUAAGGACAAAAAGACUGCAGUGCAGUGGACCAUCGACUUAAAGAAUGGCUCUGGAGAGUUGUACCAAGGACCUGCCCGAGGAAAAGCUGACACCAUUUUCACCCUGUCAGAUGAAGACUUUGUGGAUUUGGUGCUAGGCAAGAUCAAUCCACAAAAGGCAUUCCUCUCCGGUAAGCUAAAAGUUAAAGGAAAUAUCAUGCUGAGUCAGAAGCUGGGGACGAUACUCCAAGAGCAUGCAAAGCUGUGAAUUCCCAGUUGGAUUGAGUUGGAAGAAAAAAAGGAGCUGUUCCUUUUUCAGAAUAACCUGAAAUCUUAUGCAAUUGCUGUAUUAGGUAAUUUCUAAUAGACUUCCUUGCUAAUAUGCAAGUUGCCUUGAUUCUUGCAGAUUCAGGUAGUUGGUAUAGAUGUGAUGGGUUAAUACAGUCUCUCUCCUUUCUUCUAUCUUGCAAAUCUUUAUACCAGCCUCCCAUAGCCUUGCUUCCUCCAGAUUUGUUGGUCUUCAAGCCCCAUCGCCCCCUAUGCUGGCUGAGGCUGAUGGCAGUUGUAGUCCCAACACAUCUGAACAGUGUCAGAUUGGGGAAGGCUACUUUAUAACUUCCUCUUGUUCCUCAGAAGGUCUACAAACUAAAAUACAUGCAGUUAAUAUAUUUCUAUAUGCAAUCUAAACAUGAUUCAAUAAAACAUACUUUGAUAUCA